CUGAUUGAGCCAUGUGAUCCUGCAUUGUAACUAUAUUUGUCAGGAAUCAGAGUAUACUUCGAACGUAACAAUUCUUUUUCCAUGAACUUGUCAUGACAUUUAUGUUCCCCUUUCCUCAUGUUUCAUCUUUUUAGUAUUGAUGCCGCCAGAGAUGAAGGUUCACUUGGGCGCCUCGUUAACGAUGAACAUAGGCGUCCAAACUGUAAAAUGAAAAAUAUUGAUGUCAAUGGAAGCCCACAUCUUUGUUUGUUUGCCCUUAUGGACAUAAAACAAGGAGAAGAAAUUUCAUACGAUUAUGGAGGUGAAGACUGCCCAUGGAGAACAGAAACGACCACAGUUGGACCAAAUGCACUGCUGGUAGAAGAUUUGCAUACUGUUGUCCUGGCAAAUACCGAAGUGGGUGAUGCUACUCAUCCAAACAUCGCUCAACAGAUGACCACAGUUGGAGAAGAUGCCCUGCUAGAUGGGGGCUCGAAGCCUUUCCUUUCAAACACCGAAGGGGAUGAUGAUGCUACUCGUCCGAUAAUCACUAAACGGAUGACCACAGUUGGAGACGAUGCCCUGCUAGAUGGGGGCUCGAAGCCUGUCCUUUCAAACACCGAAGGGGAUGAUGAUGCUACUCGUCCGAUAAUCACUAAACAGAUGACCACAGUUGGAGACGAUGCCCUGCUAGAUGGGGGCUCGAAGCCUGUCCUUUCAAACACCGAAGGGGAUGAUGAUGCUACUCGUCCGAUAAUCACUAAACAGAUGACCACAGUUGGAGACGAUGCCCUGCUAGAUGGGGGCUCGAAGCCUGUCCUUUCAAACACCGAAGGGGAUGAUGUUGCUACUCGUCCGAUAAUCACUAAACAGGUACAUUCAUGUUUAUCACUUCAAAUGUAAUUAUAGUCUCUCUCAUAGCCUUGCUUUUUCAGUUUUUGUGUUUUUAA